AUGGACUCCACAGCCAAGGACGAAAUGCAACCUGCACUUCCUCCUGGGCCCAAGUGGCCAGAGCAGGAGAGGGCGGAGCAGCUGGCUCGGGGUGCAGCACUUAAGUGGGCCUCAGGCAUCUUCUACCGGCCAGAGCAGCUGGCCAGGCUAGGCCAGUACCGAAGCCGUGAAGUGCAGCGUACCUGCUCCCUGGAAGCUCGCAUCAAGUCAGUGGUGCAGUCAUACCUGGAGGGUGUGAAGUCUGGUGUAUGGCAGCUGGCCCAGGCCCUUGAGACCGUACAAGAAGCCCGUGAGGCCCUGGGCCAGGCCCAUGGAUUGCUCCGGGACAUGGCAGAGGCCAUACAGACCCUAGAGCCCCUGCGGGAACAGGUUGUCCAACACAAACAAUUGCAGGCCUUGUCUCAACUAUUGCCUCGGCUGCGAGCAGUGCCAGCUGCAGUGGUCCACACACAGAUCCUGAUUGAUGCCCAUCGGCUCUUGGAAGCAUAUGUGAGCCUUCGGGAGCUGGAGCAGCUGCAAGAGGAGACAUGGGCCUCUCUUGGAGGUCUGGAAUUGCCAGUCUUUGAGGGGCUGGGCCCUCUGGCUGAGGCACUGGGCCAGGCUGUGGAGGCAGCUGUAGGUACUGCAGGGCAGCUGGCACGAGAGGACCCAGCCCUGUUGGUGGCUGCUGUGCGUGUGGCAGAGGUGGAGGCUGGCCGCACAACCUCCCUGGAGCAGCCCCCCCGGAACUGGCGGCAGCGCUGUCUUCGGGCACUAGAGGAGGGCCUAGAGCGGGUCCACUUUGGGACACCUCUGUUGCCUGGACCAGGGGCCCUAGCAGAGUGGCUGGAGGCUCUACGGGUGGCUCUACCAGCUGAAUUGGCCACAGCUGAGGCACUAAUAGCACCCUGCUGCCCACCACACUACAAGGUGGUCCAGCUGUGGGCCCAUACCCUGCACAGUGGCCUGCGUCGAUGCCUGCAGCAAUUCCUGGAAGGGCCUGAGCUGGGAGCCACUGACGCCUUCACCUUGCUGCAGUGGGCACUGCAUGUGUACCUGGGGCCAGAAAUGAUGGGGAGCCUAGAACUGGGGCCUGAGGCUGAUGUGUCUCAGCUGGAGCCCCUCCUGACCCUGGAGAAUAUUGAGCAGUUGGAGGCAACAUUUGUGUCCAAAGUCCAGGCAAGUAUGGUGCAGUGGCUGCAGAAGGCACUGGAUGGGGAAGUAGCUGAGUGGGGCCGGGAGCAAGAGCCUGACACAGAUCCAUCUGGCUUCUAUCACUCACCAUUGCCAGCCAUUGUGCUGCAGAUCCUGGAAGAGAACAUUCGAGUGACCAGCCUGGUCAGUGAGUCAUUGCAGCGGCGGGUGCAUAGCAUGGCACUGUCAGAACUGGGAGCAUUCCUGAGGAGCUUCAAUGAUGCUCUGAUCCGAUUCUCCCGAGACCACCUCAGAGGGGAAGCAAUAGCUCCUCAUUACGUGUCCUACCUACUGGCUGCCCUCAACCACCAAUCAGCACUCAGCUCCUCCGUGUCAGUCUUGCAGCCCGAUGGGGUGGCUUUAGGGGCCUUGGCUCCGGUGGAGGCAGCGCUGGACGAGUUGCAGAGGAGGAUCUGCCGACUGGUGUUGGAGGCGCUGUUGCUGGAGCUCCAGCCCCUCUUUGCAACUCUGCCCUCACGCCAUUGGCUGUCGAGCCCGGAGCUGCUGGACGAUGUGUGCGAGCGCACAGCGUGCUUCUGCAGGAACUUCUGGCGUGUUCGGAAUCCCGCGUUCCAGAUGCUCCUGGCUGAGGCAGAGCGUACUGUGGUGCUGCAGUACCUGUCUGCGCUGAUGCAACGCCGCCUAGUGUGUCGCGGUGCGGAGGAGCGGAAUCAGGCAGCCGAGCGCAUGCAACACGAUGCCACCCAGCUUCGGAACCUUUUCCUUGAUUUGGGCCUGGAAGAGAGCGUUCAUUGCGCACCGGUGCUGCUCACCUUGCGAAACCUGCUGAACCUUCACGACCUCACCAUGCUUGGCCUCGAGGUGGCAAGCCUCCGGCAACAAUUUCCCGACGUGAACGAGGAUCACGUCUCCGCCCUCUUGGACCUGCGCGGGGACGUGUCCCGAGAGCAGCGCCUGGCCGCAAUCAGCUCCCUGCAGGACGGCCCACAACCCUCGCCCCUCCCGGGUCACCGUGCACUCUUCAGCCUUGUGCCAGCACCUACGCCCGCUUCAUCUUCCUGCCUCUUGGGCACAUGUGCCUGA